AUGAUAGGGAUUGGUAAUGAAAGAGGAAAAAAUGAGAAGCGAAAAAGAAAGUUUAUAGAAGAAAAUAAAAAAAUAUUUUACAGAAAAGGUAAUGGAAGCAAUAAAAAGAAUGAGACGGAAAAUAAAUUCGAGGAAGGAGAAGUAGGAGGGGCAUACUACAAUGAAGAUAAUAAAUAUAUAUUUGAAGGCAGUGUGAAAAUAAAAAACAAGAAUAAACACCUUUUUUAUAAUAAGGCACAAGUAUAUAAUCGGGAUAUGAGUAUAAUUUUAAUAAAAGCAUUGGAAAUCUAUUUAAAAAAUAAAAAUAAGGACAAUGGAAAAACACUAUUCAGAGGAUUUAAUGUUAUUGAAUUGUUAAGUGCAAGCGGAAUAAGAAGCAUAAGAUAUGUGAAAGAAUUAAGGGAAACGAUAAAUCAUAUAAUAACAAACGAUAUUGACAAAUAUGCUUGUAAGCAAAUAAGAAGAAAUUUUAAAAGAAAUAACAUAAAUAAAGAUAAAUACACAAUUCUAUGCAACGAUGCUAAUAGUGUUAUGAAUAUAUUAAACAUUGAUAAUAUAUAUACAAAGAAAAGGAACAAUAAGAAAUUGGAUAUAGGUUUCACUUAUAUUAAUAACAUAAUUAAUUAUAAUAGUUAUUUCAAACAAGCGUUAAAAUUUUUAAAAUUUUUAACAUAUUACAACAGAGUAAAAAGCAAUAAUAAUGAGAGUAAAGAAGACAUACAAGAUAGUGACUCCACCGCAUUUUCAAAUAACGAUGAUGUUAAUACUAAAAUAGAUUUAAUAGAAGAUGAAUCGGACCAGUAUGACGAAACCAACUAUAAUAGCUUGACGCAUUGUAGUGAUAGGGAUGAUGCUAUUAGUGGAAAUGAAUCAGCAAAAAAAGAAUUGAACGAGCAUAAAACUGUUGAGGGGGACGAUGUGCACCAAGAUGUGGAAUCAGUAGAUGUAGAAGCUCAAAAUGGAGAACAAAACAGAAAGGUACACAACGAAAGGAUGCAUAACGAAGGGAUGCAUAAUGAAGGAAUACAAAACCAUUAUGGAAAGGAAAAUAUUAGUGAAAGCACUCUUGAUGAUUUAAUUAAAAAAAGCAAAUUAAUGGAAAAAUAUAUAUUCGAUAUAAUAGAUAUAGAUCCAUAUGGAUCAUCAAUAGAAUAUCUUGAAAGUUGCUUAAAAUAUGGUAGAAGUAAUUUUUUUAUUUUAAUAACAAAUACAGAUAUGAGGAUAUUGAAUGGAAAGUUUCCAGACGUAUCCUUUUAUAAGUAUAAUAGUAUGAUAUUUAGUAAAAAAGUAAACUACAAUAAUGAAUACAGUAUAAGAGUCUUAUUUUAUAAAAUAAAAACAAUUGCUUCUAAAUAUAAAAAGUGUAUUAUUCCCUUUUUAUCUCUCAAUAUUUACUUUUAUAUUCGUAUAUUGAUACAAGUAUUGGAUGAUGCUUUACAAACAAAGGACCUUUGCAUUGAUAGUGGCUUAGUGUACCAGUGCACCAAUUGUUCUAGCUUUUACAUUAACCCUUUAGCAUCUAAAAAAGAUGUAAAUGUGUCUGUAACAGAUAACAACAACAAUGAUAAUAAUGAUAAUAAUAAUAAUAAUAACUCAAAAAGAAGGAAAAAAAAUAAAAAGAAAUAUUCUUUUCCUAAUGGUAAUCGUGAUCUUUUAGAAAAUGGAAGUGAAAAUAAGAAGGAAAAACUUUUGAACACUGAAUUUUGUAAACAGGUUGAAAUUGUUAGGAAUGGUGAGAAUACAGAAAAUGCACAGAAUUUCGAAAAAGUGGAAAAGGUAGAAAAUGGUGGAGAAGCAACGGAAAAUGCAAAGAGUACGAUAAUUGGAUAUAAAUACAAAAGUAGCAAAUUACAAAUAUCGAAUAAAUGUGAAGAAUGCGGAGGGGAUAUACUAAUAGGUGGACCUAUAUAUAUAGGAAAAUUACAUAAUGCUGAUUUUAUACUCACAUGUAUAUCAUUAUUAGAGAAUUUAGAGGAGUAUAAUUUAAAUACAAUAAAAACAAGAGAUAGGAUAUUAAUAAAUUUUAGAUGUUUAAAACAAGAAAUAAAUAUACCAUUAUAUUAUAAUAUGCCAGCUUUAUUUAGAAAUUUUAAAAUAUGCUCAUUUUCCAGAAAAUUACUGGUUAAUGCAUUGGUCAAUUUGAAUUAUGAAGUUUCUUAUUUUCACAAGGAUCCGGAUAGUGUAAAAACGAAUGCACCUAACAACGUUUUUAUGGAUAUAUUCCGCGCUAUUAUAUAUAAAAUUAAUUCGAAAAAAAGAAGCUUUAAUUCUGUCGAUGGAAAAAACGAUGAAUUAGAUGGAAUAAACAACAAAAAUUGUAAAGAAGGGAAUGAAAAUACACAGAAAAAAGUGUAUUCUAUAAAUACUAUUAAAGAUGAAAAAUUAAAGAAAAAGUUAUUAACAUAUGAAUUUUUUAAAAAAAAUUCUUCAUUUGAUAACAUUAAUAUUUCGAAUUAUAAAAAAGAUAAAACCCACCUUAAAUUAUUUACUAUAGAAAACCCUGAGCCUUUUUGGGGACCAAUGAAAAAACAUUUUGAAAGAAAUUAA